AUGGCGUCGACGUCUACCGCGACAUCACAUUCAUGGUCGAGAAUUUAUGACGACGAUGGUUCUCGGUUACCCCACGCUGUGACACCUCCGGACGAGUCCGAGCCGUGGUGCUCGAGCACGAGUUGGCGCAUGAGCCCGUGGUCGCGAGGCCCGAAGCAGCAUCGACCCUCGCACGGUGCUGAAGCUCCGAGUCAGAGUGGGCCAGCUAGCUCGCAUGCAUCAUCUUCAGUUUUUUCGACCCCCACUGCCUACUCUGCAUCUCUAUCCCCAACGAGUGAAUGCAGCCGUCGUUCCCCGCAAGGUCCUGCAGCGAGUGCAACGCCCGCGUCCAUCUCGUCGGGACACGCCCCUCGGGUGGCUCUCUCGAACCAAGUCCAACGUGAAAGCGACGCUCGCGAAGCCGCGCCGAUUGCUGAUUCGACGCCGUCCAAGCCGCGCGCACCACCGCCGACGACCCCGAGUCGGCGACAUUCAACCCGCUCCGCUGCCACUGGUACUUCGUACACCUCCAAACUCAGCGUGGACGAUUUUUUUGCCCCAGUUACAACCACGACGACGUCGAUUACUCGCGGUGGUGCAUCUCCGACGGCCUCGGCUGCCUCUGCGGCAUCUUCAAACUCGCGACGGAGACGGAAGCCCGACGCCCGGACCGCCGUGGCGACACCAGGCGCCGUCGACUGGGCCAAAGGUGGGCAAGGCAGGUCACAGCAAGACGAGCAUGAACGAACUUCGGCCGAGUAUGAGGCGCUUCAGAAACGCUACAGCCUCAACUCGACCUCGCCCAUCCUGCCCAAGGUUAAGCUUGCAUUUCCCUUGAUCACUUCGGACGAGGAAGACGGCUGGUCUACGCGCCCGUCCAUCUACGCGGCAUCGUCAGCGACGUCCCCCUCUGCUGCCGCAGCAGCAAGAAGCGCUGUUUCGCCCGAGCGCAACUAUACUUCAACGACCACGACCACGACCACGACUCGUCGCACCGAGCAUCGCACGUGGACCUAUUCGAUGCCGCCGACCUUGGAAGGAAGCAUGCUGGACCUCACAGAAGAAGAUUCGGACGUGCCAGACCGCCGACCGCCACCCACAUCCUCGAUCUCGAGCUCGACUCGCAGACAGCGCGCAAGUUCCGCGACUUCGGCACCGCCGAUAUCACCUACGUUCGGGUCUGGCCGCAAAACCGGUGCGGCUACGGUCCACCCUCCGGCUUCGCCGACCCCGGCCCGCUUCAGGAGCCUCGUCGGGCACUCAUCACCCCUAAGGGCAUCGCCGAAAGCCCACCGCUCUCGGUCAUCAUCGACGUCAUCAAUGAGGCAAUCUGCACAUUCGCUGGACCAGAGGUCUGGCUCGAGAUCUUCACCCUCGGUGCGCAAGUCGUCUUCUACGACGCGUCGAUCGUCCUCUCUGUGAAUCAUCGCUUCAACUAUGCCAGCCUCUCUGCUGGAAGCGCAGAGUUUGACCUUAUCCCGGUUACCCUCACAGUCGCAACGCUUCGACAUUUGCUGCGUCCACGUCCUCCUCGACUUUUGCCAAGUACGGGUCUCGAGCUCUCACGACGACCCCCCACUUCGCCGGACCCGUCUUGAGUGCGUUGACGUUCUUGCUCAUCAGCACGAUGGCGUGUCUGGCGAUCGGCUCCGUCCUCGUCUCGUCGAUUGCUCUGACGUUUUACGACGACUGCGGCGAGCGCAUCGUGGUUGUCAGGAAGGGAAUCGAAGGAAGUCGCCGACGGGUUCGAGGCAGCAUCGAAGACGUGCGCGCUGGCGUGGGCCGAGUCGUCGGUGGUGCUCGAGGCGCCGUCGAGCUUGUUGUCUGGGCCACGAGUGCCCAAGUGCCUACCACCUCUGUGUUCGAUAACUUUGAGCUCGACCUGGACUAUGAGACCUUUGCCGAGAUUCGGGACGCUGUUACCUUCUCUUCGUCCUCGUCAACAGCGGCAUCCGAGCCUGGAACUACGCCCGAAAGAGGACCUACACUGCGCAACAGCCAAUCGUCUACAGCGCCCGCUUCAAGACCUCCUCGCGAACGACAAAGCUCGUCGACCUCAAACAGCGACUCUGGUAUCUGGACCGAACACGAGGAGGACAAUCUGCCUUUCACCGCGCCGUUCACCACACCGCAUCCUUCGCGAUCUGCAUCCCCGACUCGCGGCGCACGAGGUGGAAACGAUCAAGCACGUCCACAGUUACCUCCCCGACCGCCUUUGAGCAUCCUCGUGCCGUCGAUCAUAUUCGCUCUCACUUACACCAUCUGGACGGUGCUCUCCAAUUUCUGGCGCAUGCAGACUGCCGACAAGCGGAAGGCUUGA